AUGAAAAGAGGAGUUGAUGAAUCUGCCAUUGAAAGUAUGGCUGAAGCAGCAGAACCUAUCAUUUAUUCUAAAUCAUCUGGAGAAUUUAUUGAAUUAAAAUAAUCUAAUUUAAGAAAGUAAUGA